UUCACCUGUUAAACACUUUCCCGCUUAUGUCACUCUCAAGUGUGUAAUCUCUACUCUCUAUGAGAGCUUGGCUGGUUUUACAUCUUUGGUUGAUCUUUCCUGCAGGGUUGCGCUCAUGAUGUACUGAAUGGAAAAAAAACGUUAUCUCUUUUCUUUUUCUUUUUUUUUUCUUUUGUCAACUCGCGUUGCUUGUUCACGGUUUACGACAUUUGCCAAUGUCUUCUUCCUCUUUAACUCAUGUUUUUCUACACCAACUUUCUCCUUUGCUCUCCGGCUUCUUUCCCUUCCGCGAUUCGGAGUCUCUCUUGCUCUUGUCGAACUUGCAUACUUUCCACUUCCUGUACUACUUCUUUGGGUUCGGUUGGGACUUCCUUUAUGCAAAUUGGCUGGAUUAGGACAAGGGACGGGGGUUCAAGAAUGCAAUGAAUUGACCGGGAUGGCGUUGUCCUUUGCUUCCGGUGUACAAAAGUAACUCAGCAUAGAGUGAUGGGGGAAAUGAACACAAUGGAGUGGCUUGCGUGCA